AAAUGUCAUUCUUGUGCCAAAAAAAGAUGUGCUGCGGGCUUUCUCAUCCACCUAAUUGAACUAUGAAUACAUCAAUCUUCUGACUGGAUGGCGUCAAUUUUCCAAACAAGGCGAUGAUGGAUCAUUCGAAAUAGAUGGGAUGGUGUUGAAGGAAGCUGUCUGUGUUGUAGUUCUUUUGCUGAACCUAUCAGCCUAUUCAUCGUCCUUCGGACUCUAUGAUCCGAGUCUGUAUUACGAGUCGUAUUUUGACCCGACUUUGGUCGAAGUCAACCAAUUGCCCCAAGAUGAUGGGUAUGCUGAAUUUGGAUUAUUUUCCGAUCGAGUGGAGAAAGAGCCAAGUCCUCAACAAGUCCAAAUAAAACCCAACGACGACUGGAAACUGGUCCAGACCAAAGUGGUCCAUCCGGAUAUUGAAGGGAGUGGAUGGGAUGAAGAGGGAUCGAUGGCAGAUGAAGGGGCAAAACCGGUUAGAAAUAUCCGUUUGAUUCAGCCCAUCUUGCUCCAAAAGAUCGCCUCCAGUAUUUACAAUUCGCGAUUUCGCCAACCCUCAUAUCCCCAUGGGCCCCUGAGGCGUGCUUUGGUCACCAGUGACCGGACCCUCCCUGUCCAGGAACUGCUUGCCAAUGGAAAAGUGGUCAUCCUGAAUUUUUGUCCCGACGCAGUUCAAAACCUGAACCUGACCCAGAACCAAGCACCAUGGUUCCACAUGAUCCAGAAUCAAACAUCAUUGAUCCAAAUGAUCCAGAACCAAACGGGGAUGACCACAACGCCCAAACCCACCCCUGGGACUCUGAUGAUGUACCAUGCGGUCAAAGUGGUGUCUCACACCACACCAUCUACAUAUCAUAGUCCCACACGUGGGAGCAUUCACAAGUCUGGACAAUAUCCCUUGAUGUUCCGAGGAGGAGCAGGAUAUGAGAAUCCAGAUGAGCAUCAAUUUGGCGAUGUACUUGAAAGGCUAUUCACCGGAUAAACGAGCUUGAUACAUUUGACCUUUCUGGCUAAUGAGCUAAUAUGCCAUGAAAUAGAUUUGCAGCUUACAAUAUAAGACUGUAAUACA